UAACAAGUAUUUUCAAUUUUCCAUUGCAUAGUGUCUUAUUCUCUGACAUAUUCAACACGCUGCGUUUCAAGCCACGCGAUCAUUCAAGUAAGGUAUUCUCUGUCGAAAUUCCAGCUUCAUUUAAUGGAAUUUAGCAUAGCUGACAAUUUUUUAAUGUUAAUGUUAUGGUGAGCAAUGCAGAUAACAGGAAGAGGACUCUGGUGGGCUUUUGAUUUUCCGUAAUUAAUUUGAUGGAAUCUUCUAACCAGUUCCAUGAAUCAUUUAGGCAAGGUCUUAUAGUUGGAUAUCUUUUUUCUGCAACUUUUGUCAUAGUCUUUUAUAUGUCCUAUUGUCUACCUUCACAACUUGUCAAGAGGAGGAAAAGCAUGACGCCGCAGAUCACUAAGUUAUUGGAAAGAUUGACUUCCACAUUGAGCUUGGAAGAGCUCCAUGAUGCUACAGACUGUUUUGCUAUAGACAAUGUCAUUGGAAUGGGGAAGAUGGGAAUAAUGUACGAGGGAAGGCUCCCUAAUGGUCAAUUACUAGCUAUUAAGAGACCUUUCUAUUCUCAACUGUUUAAGAGGCAGUUCCUUUCAGAAAUAAUGGUUCUGAGUAAGUACACACACACAAAUAUAGUGCCCCUGUUUGGCUUCUGCAACGAAGGAAAGGAAAAGAUUUUGGUAUACCAAUACAUGUCAAAUGGAAGACUUUCCAAGUGGUUGGAUCCUUUAGAAAGUGAAGUUGUGAGGUUGAAAUGGCCACAAAGGUUCAACAUUGCACUUGGGAUGGCAAGAGGGUUAGCAUGGCUCCAUCAUUGCUGUGACUUACACAUAGUGCAUCUUAAUCUAUGCUCUCAGUGCAUAUUACUAGAUGAUAAUUUUGAACCCAAAAUAUCUAAUUUUGGAGAAGCCAAAUUCAUGAAUCCCAACACAGAGAAUGAUGUUGGCAUGGUGUUUAAAGUAAGUGAUGGGAAGAAGGAUGUCUAUGACUUCGGAAGUGUUCUUUUUGAGCUUAUUACAGGGAAAUCAUAUAAUGAACUGUCUCUUUCAUCCAGCAUUGCUAACCUCUCUGGUAACCCUUCAAAUUUUUAUGAUGCUAUUGAUAAAUCUCUGAUUGGGGAAGGAUUUGAAAAUCAAGUGUGUGCCCUCCUCAAAGUUGCUUGUGAGUGUGUUCAGGCUUUACCAGAUCAAAGGCCAACUAUGCUUGAAGUUUACAACAAUGUGAGCAAUAUGAGGAAGGGACAACGUGGAUCCAGUGAUGAUUCUGACCCACCCAGAAGAUCAGAAAUUGUUUCUAUUACCAGUAGAGUCGAAAUUAUCGAGUUAUAA